AUGGAGCUUCCAAGUCUUCCUGUCCCGUUGGCUGAGUUUGUUCCUUACCUGGGCAAACAAACCCGUCCUGAUAUCUUGAAUGAAACCGCUCUGAAGCCUUUCCACCUUUACGAAUCCAAAUUACGCGAGAUUUUCGCGCAAGAGCCAGAGAACAAGGUCGUUGCAGACCCUCAUAUCAAUGUUGUACCUGUAUACACUGGCCACGAGGGCCAACUAAAGGUGAAGCCUAGAGAUUUGGAAAAGGAGUCUCCCGCGGAGAGCGAUAAGUAUAUUCUUCCAUUAAGCACCGCAUUCCGCAGGGAUCAAGGAUCCCCUGCCGUUGUGCCUUCGCUCCGUGAAUUCAAGGACAACUUUAGGCUGUUUUCUGAAUCCUCCCUGGUCGAUUUGGACUGGAGCAAUGUCGUCGUUGCCGGGAGUGCCGUGACAACCUGUCUCUUGCCUCUUUCUGGACAAGUCAAAUCUUCCCGUAGGGCUCAGAGGGAAUUUUAUCACGAAAAAAUUGCUCCAGCCUCAGAUGUUGAUCUGUUUAUUUACGGCCUGAACGAAGAGCAGGCUAUCGCAAAGAUCAAGCAGAUUGAGACGAGUAUCAGGAAUAGUAUUCUGGAGGAAACAACUGUUAUUCGAACCAAGAAUGCGCUGACCAUCGUUUCAAAAUACCCUACACGCCAUGUUCAAAUUGUCCUUCGCCUCUAUAAGAGCGUGUCUGAGAUCCUGACAGGAUUUGAUGUGGACUGCUCUUGUACCGCUUUUGAUGGCUCACAGGUGUGGAUGAGCCCUCGGGCGCUGGCUUCGUUCGUGACACAAGCCAAUACCAUUGAUUUGACUCGACGAUCUCCGUCAUACGAAAACCGGCUUGCCAAGUACUCGCAUCGUGGGUUCGAAGUAUACUGGCCCAAACUAGAUCGUUCGAAAGUUGAUCCAACAAUCCUUGAAAGAUCUUUUACUCAUGUGGUGGGAUUGGCUCGCCUUCUGGUGAUGGAGAAACUCCCAACCGCUAGUGCUAGAGACAGCUACGUUGACCAACGCCGCGCUGAGCGUGACAGACCACCUUCAACAAAAGAGAAAUUCUAUCGCAACCCCCAUGGGAACCUGAAAGAAUAUCAGCCAGAGGAUGUGGCAGAAUGGGUCGAAGACGAAGAUGUCUCCAACUAUCACACUUUUACUAUCCCCUAUGGACCGAAAUACACCGCUAAAAAGAUUGAACGAUUAUUCUACAAAAAGGAUCUCCUUCUCAAUGCCGAAUGGAACAAAUCAAAAGAGCGUACCGUGAACUUGCAUAGGCAUCCUGCCUUCUUCGGCGCUGUCGAACAUGUUAUUGAGGAUUGUUGUGGGUUUUGUCCUUCACCAGCCACAGAGGAGGAAAUCCAAGUUGCCGAAGAAGAGAGCAAGAGAUUCAUUUCUGGAAAGAUUCAGUUCAUGAAAGAUGAUCCCGGAAGACAAGCGAUUGGCAGUUUCAACCCAAUUACAGACACUGAUUGGACUGAAAUGGCCUACCUUGGAGACAAUGUUCGUAUCUGCCAAGCAAUUGUGGACAAGGACCUGGAAACCGUCAAAAGUUGCUGCGCUCAAGAAGGCUUCAAAAUUGACAAACGCGACCACACUGGAAGAAUGCCCAUUCACCUGGCAGUGAUGUGUAGCACGCCUGAAAUUGUGCAGUGCCUUGUUGAUUCCGGUUCGCGGCUUGUUGCCCGGGUUGCUGGUGGAUAUACGGUACUUCAUUUAGCAGCUGCCCGUGGAGAUCCAGAAAUUUUGAGAAUUAUUCUUAAAAAGAGCGAAGCGAACAAAUCUGAACACCUGGAGAAGUCGGAAAAUAAACUGGCAGACGCAGAAGAACAGCCAUCGAGCGGGGAUAAGCAUGAGCUUGAGUCUCAAGACCCUGAGGACGAUGAUAUCUCGAUCGUUCAAAGUUUGACAGACGGAGCAUAUGCUGCUACUCAAGGAUCGAUGGUUGUGGUUAAUAAGUCUAAUCCCGAAAUGGAGAACCCCCCCGAGGAAACGGAUGAUGAGGGAGACGAACCUAACUUUUACGACGAUGUUAAUGUGGUCUCAUGGGAUACGCCAAUUAACCCCUUGCAAUUGGCUGUGUUGUAUGGCCAUGCCGAAAUCGUUGACAUCCUUGCUACGGAAUUCGGCGCGAAUGUCUCUCUGCCUAUCAUCUGGAGAAAGGAAAAUCACCAUGCAUACCAUGACGUUACGCUUUCAAUGGCUCUGGCCACCUAUCAUCCUCUCGAAAAGUCAAAACAAGUUCUGCGAACCAUGUUAGAGCUGGGUGCAUCUUGUACACAGGCCGAUAUGAAACAUAUCACAGCUUUCCACUCUAUUGUGAUGGAGGGUGAGGCUGCUUUGAUAGAUCUUCUAUUUGAAUUGGAUGGGCCUGCGGCCCAGCUAGCAAUAAAUCACCCAGCUAUAUUGCCCCACUAUGAACCGGAAGCACGCAUGCCCUUAUUUACUGCGGUGAAAGAGAAGGGUUUGCCAAUGAUUGAGAAGUUACUGGAGCAUGGCGCAAGUGUCUCGGGCCCUAGUGAACGUCUUCGACGCUUCUGGGCACGCCGAGAGUCGACUAAAGCGAAUAUAGUGGAAAACUUUUUGAUACAGCCUAUUAUUGCGGCAGCUCAAUUUGGAAGUCCCGCUAUUAUCAAAGCACUUUUGGAUGCUGGCUCCGAUCCCAACGCAAUGACACGCGCUUCAUACGCCGUUCUAUCCAGUCGCUAUUCUUCAGAUGGUGGUCAAACUGUCCUUGAUAUCAUAGCUCGGAGAAUCGCAUAUCUUCGAAAUCCAACACGCCAAGAUUCUCAAACCAAGUCUAUUUCUCCCAAAGCUCCGGUUUUGAAGCCCGAUGCGGAUUACUUGAAGGGUCUGGUGGAAGGAAGUUAUGAGUACUACUUCGUUCAAAACGAACUGGAACUAGCCAAGGCUGCGGUGCAGGUAAUUGAGGAACGUCGCAAGCGUGAUUUGAAGCAGGAGGAUGAAAAACAGCAAAAAGAGCAAGCGAAAUCUAAAUGGGCGGAGGCUGAACUGAAGUCUCUAGAAGGUAUCGAGGCAAUAUUAUUAGAAAAAGGCGCAAAACCCUUCCACAAACUUCAUCCCGGUUUCAAGGAGAAGAGCACUCGCCAGGUGCACCAACCAAGCCGAUCAUCAUACCCCGAAGAGAAGCCCAGCGAGAAGGAGUUCUCAAUAUCUCAUAUUUUCCGUGACCAUGAUGUUGGAGAAUUGAGUGAUCCUGGCUAUAUGCAGUUAUUCGAGGCUGCGUGGGAGGGCGAUAUUCAGAAGGUUAAAAGCCUUACCCUAGGUUCCUGGGAUGCCGACGAAAAGAAAUUGCCACUCCGUAUCACGGCCAAAAACAAGCGGAAUAUUGAUCCCUUUACGAUUGCUGUUUCUCGAGGUCAUUUUGAUUUGGCCAAAGUCAUCCUUGACAUUGUCGAAGCCCAAUACACCCCUAAAACCACCGUUCCGGCCCGUAAGGUAUACAAAAUUGUGGUUGAUGCCGCGGAAGAUGAAUAUUCUGAAAGCGAAUCAGAAUCGGGUUCUCAACCGGAAUCGGAAAAAGAAGACGAUCAUGGAAUCUCUGUCAGAUUUAACCUCGUUGACCAGCAACACACGAUAGAUGACAUUCGAGAGUUGACUAGUAUUGUCAAAUCCUCGACUCCUCCGUGGGCGGUGAUCACUAAUUUCAACGUUGACAUGGCUUUUUUCUUUGACACAGCCCGUAAGAAGGACGCAUUCACAGAACGUAUCAAGAAUGGGUACGACUCUAGCAUUCAGUCAUACGUUUAUGGAAAAGAACACCUCACAGGUGUGGGCUUUUUGGAGAAGCUAUGUUCAUUGCCAAAUUAUAAUUCAAAUAACUUAUUAUUCAAUUAUGCUGUGGAGAAAAAUGAUUUGGAUGCGGUGAAGUUCAUGGUAGAGCAGAAAUCGAACUAUCAUGAUGCUAAGGAUGAGGCUGGACCUCCAUUCCUUCACAUCACCACGGCGAUAUUUAAAAUAGCAAUUGAACGUGGUUACACGGAUAUGCUGGACUACCUUAUUUCUAAGACUGGAACCCAAUUCCCUUUCCAAAGUCUGAUGAAGAAAGCGGGUGCAAAGCUUGACUCGAAACCAGAGAGUUAUCAAGGUCUCACAGUCUAUGGAAGGAAACGUGAAGACUGGGCUGCCGAGGAUGGCGAGCAAUGGAAUCACGGUUUCAAGGACGAAGAUAAUCUACUUUUGCGUGCUGCGUUUAGCACAAACCUUGAUUCCAUCAAAUGGUUUCUUAGCGACAUCCCGGAGCAGAAGUACAAAGAAUUUGCUGCUGCAUAUGCGGAUGAUAAGCAUGUCAAAUCGUUUGAGACUGUUCCCGGCGGGUUUGAAGGUGUUUUAUCAUCGUGGUUGCAUUCUCGACGUGAUUUGGCACUCCAUUGUGCAGUACUUGGUAACUCUACCAAGGAAACAGGCGUUGCUCACGUGGAAAUGAUUCUCGACGCCGUUCCCAGUUCCCUAAACGCUAAGAAUAAAGCUGGAAUCACAGCAUUGCACGCUGCGUUUGCGGGUCAAAAAAUAAUGGCGGCCAGGGCACUUGUGAAGCGUGGAGCAGAUCAAACUCUCCGUGAUAAUCAGGGCCGCAAUAUGCUUCAUUAUAUUCUGUCCCCGAAUAAGUCGGGCAGUAAAGCUGUCCUCCAGUCCAGCCGGUUGUUCAAGGCACUAUCCAGUGUUUUGGACAAGGAGGUGCUCCGCUCGCUAGCAAUACAGAGAUCACGCGUUCAGCCAGGACGGACAUAUAGCUCCUGGGGAAUGCAAACACCUUUGGCGGAGUGGCUUGAAGGUGCUGGUGACCCAGAACCGGAUAUGUUGCGGACGAUCCUAGAAGCUACCGGUGGACAGGAACUAUACGUUCUUGACGACAAAGGGAGUUAUCCUAUUCACCAGGCCGUCCGGCGAAACUUAAUCUCAAUAGUCCGUGUCAUGCUUGAAAUGGAUCCUAAACUUGCCCUCCUCGAAAAUGCCACCGGUGUAACACCCCUGGAACUCGCCGAGAACAAGCUUUUCGAGGUCGUCCUCUCGUCUCUAAAACAAGGAACCAGAAAGAUCGAAGGGGGUGACAGCGCAGAACUCUGGAACGGAACUCCUCGUAUUUAUGAAUCCCUUUAUGAGGAUGAUCGCUAUAGAUAUGCUCAGAGAAGGCCGCCUCCAGAAGAAGUGCACAAGCGCGAGAAGGAAGAUAAGCCUCGCUUCGCAUCAUCUGAUCGCGUUGAAUACAAGCUGUAUCGCCUGCUUCAAGAGGUUGCGGGGGAUAGUAAAGCUCAGCGGAAGUUGAUCAGUUUGCAGGAUGCUAAUCAGCUCGUGAAGCGCUUGGCUGGAAGGAAGUGGAAAAAAGCGGCAGAAGAAGAUGGCGAGAAUGACGCGAAUAAAAAUGACGAGGUUGGUAGAUUUCUGUACUCUCGGACGGCAAACUGGGAGGUUGACGAAAUUCUGGAACAAGAGAAGAAAGAGAAAAAGGAGAAGGAGAAGGGGAAAGAGGGCCAAGGGAACAAGGACAGCGAAAUGCCUUGA